AGCACGGGCAGCCAGUGCCAGAGCCAAACCGUGCUGGGGCAGCCAGCGCCAGGGGCAGGCUUUGGAUGAUGAUGGCGCCCCCCGCCGCACCGAUACCUAGCCGAUAGUGCCCCCGCCCGAGACGACUCCAAGAGCCGCACCGCUGCUGCCCAGCCGAUCGUGCCCUCGACGACUCCAAGCAGAGACAGCCGCAGGGCAGCCGCGACGAUGUCCGACGGCAGCCGCAGCCCCAGCCCGACGCGCAAGGCCACGCGCAAGAAGGAGUGGCGCGAAGAGGCCUGGCGCAAGGGCCGCGUCACCGUCGAAGUGCUAGGCGCAAGAAAUCUACCCGCCGACGAGGACGUCGCCGACCCGUUCGUGGCUUUGCGAUUGGUGGACGUGGCCGAACGAAACCCGUUGCCCUUCCCCUUCGAUAGAUGUGUGAAAACAUCAGUAGUCAAGGGCACUCUGGAACCGGAAUGGAACGAUGAACGAUUCCAUUUUGAUGAUGUGGGGCCAGCUCUACCCUACGUCCGUAUCCAAGUCAUGGACUACAACGGCCCGAUCCACAGACCUCGACUGCUCGGCGAGGUCGACGUCUCGCUCGAAGCGCUGCAGAGAUUGGGCGGCGCGCACGGUAGUGUAGCGGCUCAAUGGUAUCCCAUCAAAAGUAGGGAUAGGGAACCGGCCGGCGAGGUCGAGCUCAAGGUCGACUUGCUACCUUCUUCCGACAUCGAUGAAAAACAACUAGCCAUCAAAGACGCUGCUGAAUCGCGGUGGUUCCCUGAUGUGAUUGCGGACGAUGUGGUAGAUUUAACGGAGGGCGCACCGAACUGUUUGAAAGUGGCGGUGAUUCGCGCGAAAGAUCUGCGGGCCGUCGACGACGGUACGAUCGGUCGCAAGCAGUCGAAUCCUCUGGUGGUCGUUGAUGUGAUCGCUCCUGGCCAGCUAUGUGACGAGGUCGAGACAACAACAAUAGAAGAUGACCUGGAUCCCGUCUGGUGCCAAUCUCUCAAUGCACCAUUACCUGAGAGUAUCGAUGUGCGUACGCUAGCUCUUAGAGUGAGAGUCUUGGAUUACGAUGAGGACCGCAUCACGAAACGUAGAUUGAUGGGUCAAACGGCCUUUAGACUAGACAGACUACCGAAGCAACUCGAGGAGGACGGUUCUUCAGUAGCAAAGUGGUACGCGCUGGGGCCGGGGCCCGACGACAUCGACGACGACGACCGGGGCGAGAUCCUACUCGCUUGUAGAUUGGUACAUGAGCCGUCGUUCAUCAAAGUCGGGGAGUCGGCCUUCUUCUCCGAGGAAGCCAUUGAUGAAGAGAUGCUUCAAACGCCAAACGAGGUGCGAGUGGCCGUGUUGAGAUGCGAAAACUUACGACCCAAAAUUUCAGCGGCGUGGCGCCAGCUGCAACGCACGGUCCCGCAAGCGAACCCCUACGUGUCUGUAAGUGUCGAGCCAGGCGACGGCUUCGUGCAACGCACGCGCACGAAAUUUGCUGAAUUGAAUCCCAUUUACAACGAAGCGUUCGCGUUUGAAAUUGACGGUGCGACAGUCGCGGAGGCCGAGGAUCAUGCGAAUACGGUCGUGGUGGCUUCUUGCUACGCGCGGGACGGCGUGGAUGGUGAUGAUGCGUUCAUAGGGCGGGCCCUGAUGCCUUUAGGUGCAUUAGCUCGAGAGCCGGGGCAAGUCGGCCGGGCCUGGGUGCCCCUGUUGGAUGAGUCUGACAAUAUUGUUGGGAGGUGCCUCAUGGAGGCCCAGUGCGUGUAUGAUGCCUCACAUGUGUUUGUACCGUUUGACGUGUCUGGGGAUAGAGAUCUGGGGCCGUUUCCUCCCAAUCAAUUAUCCGUCGCUGUUUUUCGCGCUAGAGGAGUACCACCGCCCCCACCAAAGUCCUACGACCGCUUGGCACCAGCAACAGAUGUAUCGAUAGAGCUCAUCAUUCCUGGCGGCGAACCGCUCCGGAUCGGGUCGCGACAAAGAACGGGCGCUCCCUUAUGGCGCGCCGUCAAGACCGUUGAGUUAUCUGCACCGACCGAGUACGACGGCGAGAACCCGCAGAACAACUGGGAGACGCUGCAAGACUAUGAAAUUGAAGUCGUGUUACGAGAUAAUGAUGUUUUGGGGCGGGGCGCCGUGCCAUUGGCGAAUCUCUGUGAUUCUAGACCCAGACGAACCUUCCAAGGCUGGGUGGCGUUGCGGGCGCCUCCGAACUCCGAAGCCGAGAACCACCUAGAUAAGUGGCGGUGCGGUGUUUUCGUCGCGCUCCACUGGUCCCAUAAUCCCGUGUUGCAUUACGAGCCCUUCUCGCUCUCAAAGAGUGAGAACACGAAGCAGUACCCGAACGAGCUGUGUAUAGCUGUCGUGCGCGCGAGAGGUUUACACGCGCCCGACGGUGAAAGUAACGCUUCUGUGUUACUAGCGGUACCAACCGCCGAUGGGGAAGACAUAGAACACGAGGUCGAGACGAAAGCAAGAGCCGGUAGCGAGCCGGCCUGGAAGGAGGCCUUCUUUCUGGGAUUGGAGGACCCCUUUCUGCGGAAGCACCCUCCAGUGGUUCAGCUCGGGGUCCGUUCGCGAGGCAUGUCCCUUGGACGGGGUGACCUACCGCUACGACUGGGAUUGGACCGCAGGGUGCACACGGAGUGGGUCUCGUUGCAGGACGAAGGGUACGCGGAGGAGUUUGCGGGUGGUGCGGUCGAGGUGCGGUUUAUGCUGCGGUACAACGAGGAGCUAGAUCGCUUCUUCGACCCCCACUCCAAAGAUCGAUUGGCAGCCGCGCAAGCCGCGAAGAACGCGCAACAAUAUUUGAUGCAGCUGGCCGAGGAUCGAGAUAGGAGGAUGAGGAUCGCCGAGGCAUUGGCGCGCGACGCGCGCAUGGCGGCGGCGGCUGCCGAGAGGGCUCGGGUGUAUCUCGAGGAAUUGGUUGAGAAGCGGAAGGAGACGCUACCUGAGAUUCUGAAGGAAAGUGAGGCCGACGACGGUUUGGAGCGGCGUCUUUUUUUUUUGCGACUCGUCCCUGUGGCUGCGUCUGCUCGAUGGCGUGGGAUUGCGAGAGUAUACGCACGCGGUGACGCCAUCGCCGCGGCGCCGCGCCGGCGACGACGCUAUAUCACGCAGGCAUCUACCGCGAGUGCGCCGCGGGCCUCGCGGACCAGGUCCGAAAUUACUUGGAGAAGGCGGAGCGCGAAGGGAGACUCCGGCAGGCCCUGAACGAGCGCGGGUCUUCAAGAGGCCGCGGAUUGCUCCAUGUCGCCGCGCUGAACAAUCAGCUCGAGUGCUUGGAUGUCUUGUUGCACGACUUUGGGGCGCCGUGCAACCCGCGCUCGUUAUUGGGGAGGGACACGCCGCUGCAUUUGGCCGCACAACAAGGUCAUAGGAAGGCGUGUUUCCUGUUGUGCCAGGCCGGUCCGUAGAACCGCGUCCGUUUAGGCCACCUCCACGCCAUCGCCGCGUCUCCACGCCAUCGUCUCCACGCCGCGUCUCAUCCUCCACACACAGGCGCGGACGCGACGAUCCAGAACAAAUUUGGGGCCACACCUUUACAUUAUACUACGAAACGAUCUAUCUGUAGAAUGCUCCUAAGGCACGGCGCCAAUAUCUUAGUAAGAGAUUGCAACGGGAGGACGGUUUUGGAAGCAGCGGAGGCCAAUAACGCCCCGGAGGAGACGCUCAAGGAGAUCCACAGUGUCAAGAUGGACCAGGAACGAGAACGGUACGCGGCGAACAUGGAGCUGGACCAAAAAAGAAGAGACCUAUUCAACGCCAACAUGGCGGCUCGGGAAGAACGAGCGACGAGGGCGAAGCGCGAAGCUGCCAUCAAAGCGCAGCGCGACGACUACAUGAACUGGAAACAUGGUCGCAUCACGGGCAACCAGGUCCUGGCGGAGCGACUCCAGCGCCAGCAGACGGAGGAGCGGUGGGCGCGGAUGACGAAGGUUAAAGAAAUUGAUCCGGAGCAGGAGCGGAGAAUCGAAGCGUCGCGAAGCAUGUCCUCUGUAUCUGGUGGCGGUUUCGCCAAGGGCAUGCGAAUGUUCACGAAGGGCGCCUGGAGCGGCAACGACGACGAGGCGCAGCGCGGCCGGAAGCGCAUGGGCGAGGGCGGUGCUAGUGGUACGGUCGGGGCGCUCGCGGCGCGGAAGCUUGGGUCUAAGUUCUAGUUAUGUGUA